UUAGCUUCUCUUGUCGUUUACAAAACUGCUUCAUGGAAGAGUACAGAUGACUUCUGCAGCAUCUUGGAGUACAAAGAAGGAGGAGUUCUUCCCAGUGUCUGCGAAGGCCUGGACACUAAUAUUGCAAGCUUGGCUUCUUACGUCAGUCCAACCUGCAGAAACGUAGAAGAAUACAAAGAUAUUCCGAUUGAUCCCCAUGAUAAGCUUGAAUUCCUGUCUGAUUUGUAUUCUGGUAAAGUUGUGUCAUUCCAGAUUCCUGAUGCUGAUUGGCUGGUCAGCAACAAAUGGAUAAACAGCCGUGACCGCGACUCUGCUAUUUUUGUUAAGAACCUAGAGGUAUUUUUGCCGACAUCUAGCGCGCAUGAGCGUAAUGUUAGGGUCGAAUGGAAAGCUGUUGGGAUGAAUUACUUUACCCCCUCAAAUCCGACCAGUAAGAGGUAUGCUAUUGUCCCACGAAAGAAGUCUGUUUUUGAGUACAACGAAGGACGGGGUGCACCCGAGCACUGCAUGAAAGAAAGUUCCUUGCUGAACAAUCCUUACGGACCUAACCUGCCAAAGAUCUGCCCCUUGAAUGUCGAUGACAACAGCUGUGAUGAGCUCUUGCAAAAAACACCAUUAUUUCCAUCGGUCUACUCGAAAUGGAAAAUAUCUAUAUCUGGCUACGAAUCUGCCCGGAUUCCAAAUCCUGCGAACCAGGACUUCGCCAUCAAAUUUGGAGUGAAGCUCUGCAUCUUG